AUGCAUCGUUCGAUGGUACGAUGUACCUCCUGUCGAGUUUCAAUCCUCGAGGCGUUCACUUCUCUCGCUGGCGUUUCAAUCCCAGUAAAGCCCGCUCCUCCUCCACGACUCCUCCGACCGUCAAAUCAGCCAACUAGAAAGUUCACUCGCUUUGCGCCUUUACGACAGUCUGGGGCGCAGCCUUUGUCAGACUCCUCGACGCAAUCCUCGUCGGAUUCCUCGUCGGAACCCCCUCCGUCUUCUGUGGUGCCGUGGUACCUCCAGAUCGAAGAUCCCACUCCGCCCGCUCCUAUAUCACCCUUGCUCGCCUUGCAGGAAAUCCCUCCCUUGCCACACGACCCUCCGCCUAUUCUGUCACCUGUCCUUACCCACCUGUCAACGCAAAUUGGGCUCGAUAACCUCACCCUUCUAGACCUCCGGCACCUAGACCCGCCACCAGCGUUAGGCUCUAAUCUCCUGAUGAUCAUUGGCACUGCACGCUCCGUCAAACAUUUGAACGUCUCUGCAGAUCGGUUCUGCCGUUGGGUUAGGAAGGAGUAUAAAUUGAGACCCUACGCAGACGGGCUGCUGGGGAGGAACGAGUUGAAGUUGAAGUUGAGGCGGAAGGCGAGGAAGAUGAAACUGGCGCAGAGCGUGGGUAAUACAGUCGCCUUGAAGGAUGCAGAUGACGGCAUCACGACGGGGUGGAUCUGCGUAAACAUGGGCCCGGUUGAUGAGGCUGUGAUGCCGGAAACGCAGGAAGAUGAAGGCGACGAUCAGAUGGAGACGGAGGUUGCUGAGGAACAGCGUGCCUCUUCCGCUCCCGACGCCAACACUACCAUGACAAGAAAGAUGCAGGAGACACUUGCAGAAGACGAAGAGGAGGAAUAUCACAAUCCUGCAGAGACAUACAUCGGUUUCGGCUCGCGGUCAGACUCGCCACGUAUCGUGGUGCAGAUGUUUAUAGAAGACAAGCGGGUCGAGAUGGAUCUGGAAGGGCUGUGGGACGUACGAAACACGAGACGAGCACAGAGAGAGGAAAAAGCUAACGUAGAGGCCGAGGCUGCUGUGGGUCGAUUACAGCAAGCACAGGACAGGAGAGCUUUUGGUAGCGAGGCGGGUUUGUGA